AUGGAUCACCUUGUUGUCGCUGACGACGGUAGGGAUCCAGAUGAGGAAACGGUUGAACUGGAUCGGAAGUUCUUGGACCUCAUCACUGUCCAAGGUCGCGAGUUUCAAAGACACUCGAUCGAAAACCACAUAUACUUUGGACCCAUUGAUGGAGAAGAAGCGCACUUUCUUGACACGCAACAAUGGUUGUUCCAGAAGAUAUUUGAUGGCCGGCUGAUAUUCCCCCCGCUUCAUCGACUGCAGAGAAUUCUCGACUGCGGCCAUGGAGCUGCGUCAUGGGCAAUUGAAGUAGCUGAACAAUACCCCGACUCCGAGGUCAUCGGCGUCGAUAUUGCCCCACACAUGAGCCCGGACAGUAUGCCCGAGAAUCUAUGGCUUCAGAUCGAUGACCUGAACCGACCCUUCACGUUCCCUGCCAACCACUUCGAUCUCGUGCAUUCUAGACUCCUCGCAAGCGGCAUCGACCGUUCACGAUGGCCGUCGUAUAUUCGUGACAUCGUCAGGUACGAGCGAAUGAGCAUUAUUGUGCCUGGAGCCCAGAUUAACUUGCCGCGACUGACCUUCCUGUCAAGAGUGCUGAGGCCAGGUGGUUGGGUCCAAACAGUUGAGAUGUAUUUCAAUGUACAGUCCGACAAUGGGUCUCUCACUGACCGACAUGCGCUGCGGCGAUGGAGCACUCAAUAUAUGCGUUCUUUAGAAGAUCGCAAGGACCUUCGGAUCGGGGCCAGAUUGAAUGACCUCUUUUCGCAAGCGGGAUUGUUGGAGGUCGAGACAAAGAUGAUACCUCUCCCCCUCACAGAUUGGUCGAGUGAUCCCAGAAUGCGGGAGCUUGGUCGUCACACUGGCGAAUCCAUUGGUGAUCUCCUGGUCUCGCUUUCUCUGUAUCCAUUGACUCAGCGUUUACACAUGUCGGCUGAGACCUUUGACGCGUUGAUGGAGCAAGCUCGAGAGGAGGCCAAAGAUCACUCGCUGAAAGCAUAUUUCCCUUUGUAUGUCUGCAUCGGACGGAAGCCACAAUGA